UGAGUGACCGCGACAUAUUGCUGUACCAACGCACUGUUUUCGACGAUUUUUACGUUGUAAUUAGCUUUUAUCGCAUAAUCUUAUCAUAAUUUUUCUAUUCCGCUACAACUCCGACGUCCUAUAUCACGUAAUUAUUGCAGGUAGUAACGCGAGAAAGGGAAAACACAUGUUCGAAGAGCAUUGUAUCGUAUAGACAGACCGCCGCUAACCGUUGUCGUGUGGACGUGCUUUGCAGUGUGUUGUGUUGACAGUGUUUUCGAUCUAUAUAAUAUUUUUUUGUGUUUAAUCUUCCGUGAAUUGUGCGAAAAGUGAUAAUAGUGUAAUAAAUUAUCCGUUCCUAAUACGCUCAAACGAAACUAUAUGUAUAUAAAAACAGUUCCUUUAAAAUGGCUAGUGACAUGAACAUUAAUAUACGUCCAUAUAGUGAUUUGAUGUGAUCUUACAAAUGAAUAAGACUUAGAUUAAUUUUUUCGGGUGUCUUUUUCUGCUAUGUGGAAUUGAUUUGUUCAUAAAUAGCGUACAGCGCCAUCUAUUGUCGAGCGGCGAUGUCUGCUUAGAAUGGAGGCCGGUUAUAUACCGGUUGGUGCGGCGGGCGUUGGCGGCAACGUUCCCCCGCCCGCCGUCGUGGCGCCAGCGGUGAACGUUAUACGCGCGCCUGGUUUAAAGCGCGGGAAAAUGGAAGAGGCUAUAUCGGAUCGGAUUAAAUUGGAAACAGUUUUCGGUUUGACUGUUAGCAGUAACGCGGCGCUCGACUGUGAUCCGAACACUGAAGUGGUCGCUUAUCCCGCAGGAUGUACGGUGGUCCUUUACAACGUUCGAAAGAAUCGUCAGUCGCAUGUGUUGAACGCGUCACGGAAGAGCGUGACGUGCGUCGCGUUCUCGCCCGACGGACGGUACCUGGCGACGGGCGAGUGUGGACACGCGCCGGCCGUGCGGGUCUGGGACUUACAGGAUCCUACCGCGUCAGGUGCGGUACAGAUCGCAGAGUUCCCGGGGCACACGCACGGAGUCAACUGUGUGGCAUUCUCAACUUCAUCUAAGUAUUUAGUAUCGGUGGGAUCUCAACAUGAUAUGAUCGUCAACGUUUGGGACUGGCGUGCCAAUCUGAAACUUGCCAGUAAUAAGGUUUCGUCUCGAGUUAAAGCGGUCAGUUUCUCUGAGAGUGGCAACUACUUUGUGACCGUUGGGUUCAGGCAUGUCAAAUUUUGGUAUCUGGAGUACUCGAGGAAUGCUAAGUUCAAAGAGCCCGUCCCCCUCAUGGGCAGGUCGGCGAUCCUCGGCGAGCAGAAGGACAACGAGUUCUGCGACGUGGUGUGCGGGCGCGGCGAGGCGGCCGACAGCACGUACGCCAUCACGCGCGGCGGCCUGCUCUGCGAGUUCAACAGCCGCCGCCUGCUCGACAAGUGGGUGGAGCUGCGGACAACUUCGGCUAAUUGUAUGGCGAUCGGUAGCGAAUAUAUUUUCGUGGGUUGUGCGGAAGGGAUCGUUCGCUGCUUCGCUCCGGCAUCACUCCGAUACGUCACCACGUUGCCUCGAACCCACUACCUAGGGGUUGAUGUGUCACAGGGACAAAAUAUCAGUCACAUGUUCAGUCAGCCGAACAGUGCGAGGUAUCCCGAUGCUAUAGCUCUGACGUACGACGAGAGGAACCAUAAGCUCACAUGUGUGUACAACGACCACAGCUUGUACGUGUGGGACGUAAGAGAUAUCAAGCGGGUUGGCAAGUCCCACUCCGCGCUAUAUCACUCGGCCUGUAUCUGGGGCUUGGAUAUGGUGCCGGGCGGACCUAUGGGGGCCGGCAGCUUCCUGUCCUGCUCCAGCGACGACACCGUUCGACUGUGGACGCUGCAGGGGAACUCCUCUACCGCCAGCAACAUAUACAGCAACGAACUUACCAAAGUGCUAUAUAUCGACCCCGAGCUCAAGUUUCUUAAGGACGUCGACUUGACGGCAACCAGCGAUAAGGAUAAAUCCAAGACUUACGAUGACAAGACCGGUGUCAGGUGCGUGCGCGUGUCUCCGUGCGGGCGGCACGUGGCGGCGGGCGACCGCGCCGGCAACGUGUGGGUGUUCGAGAGCAGCGGCGCGGCGCUGCACACACUGGAGGCGCACGACGCGGAGGUGCUGUGCGUGGAGUACUCGCAGCAGCCCCGCCUGCUGGCCUCCGCCUCGCGGGACCGCCUCGUGCACGUCUUCCUCGUCGACAGGGGUUACCAAAUUCUUCAAACCCUUGACGAACACUCGUCGUCGAUAACGGCGGUACGAUUCUUAAGUUCGGGAAGCGGUCUGCAGAUGGUCUCCUGUGGAGCUGAUAAAACUAUACUCUUUAGACAAUUGAGAACUAUGUCGGACGGCAGCUACCAGUUCGCGCGCGGGCAGAACGUGUCGGGGCGCAGCACGCUGUACGACAUGGAGGUGGACGCGGGCGGCCGGCACGUGCUCACGGCGUGCCAGGAUCGUAACGUGCGCGUUUACAGUGCAGCUCACGGACGACACACGAAAACAUUCCGUGGUACCACCGCCGAAGAUGGUACCCUAAUCAAGGUGUCCCUGGACAGCAGUGGGAUAUACCUCGCCACUUCGAGUACGGACAAGAUACUGAGCGUGUAUGACUACUACUCGGGCGAGUGUAUGGCCACCAUGUACGGUCACUCGGAAAUCGUUACUGGAUUACGGUUUACACCGGACUGUCAGCACCUGGUGUCAGCGUCGGGCGACGGCUGCGUGUUCGUGUGGCGGGUACCGCACGACAUGGUAGUCACCAUGCGAGCGCGACUCGCGCAACAGGCCAUCCGUCGCGGACGGAAAGUGGAUCCAGCCAACGGUAUGUCUGGACUCGAGAGCGAGACGGAUUCCCACCUGGGCUCCCCCCCACGUGAGGUGGUAGCCGAGGAUAAGUUUACGACGCCCGUUGUACCGGAUUACACGCUGCGCAUCGGCAAGCUGCCGUCGUGGGCCAAGAAGAGCCUCGGCGACGAGCUGGGAGCCGAGCCCGCGCCGCGACCGCCCGCCGCGCCCGCGCGAGGGAAGUGGGCCGCGCGCGUGCUGCCCGCCGAUAAACGCAUAGAUUCCGAUGGCUCCAAGGACAGCUCCAUAGACAGCGGCACGGACACGAGGUACAACGACAAACGACGGGAGGCGGGGAGCAAGCAGAGGCCGAAAUCGCUCAACUUAUCCCAACUGCCGCGCGUCGAAGCACUCUUCAGAAAUUUUGACGCUACAAUGAAAGCCACCUACGAUAUAUUAACUAUAUCGCCGAGGGUCGAAAAGGUUACAUUAAAUUUAACGAAAAACCGUGCGGCCGACGCACGGACGCGUCACCAUACGGACGACUCGUCUCUCGGCAGUUUCAAAUUUGAGGAUCAAGAGUCAACGGAACACGACGGUGACAUCGAGGACAUAUCGGACGGCGAGAGGACGUCGUCCUCGGAGAGGGGGAACAGACCGACUUACUAUCCGGGGAAUAAUGACGACGAUACACCUAGCGAGUUCCUGGUGAACGCGAUGGACGCGGGCGAGCUGCGGCAGUCGCUGCGCCGCGCGCGCCGCGCCCCGCCCUGCGCCUCGCUCAGCGGGUCGCCGCACGACUCCGACGACGAGGUGUCAACACCAUCCGGCGACAACGCGGAUCGGAACCCGCUGUCCGGUUCGUGCGAGUCGCUCGAGCAAGCCGGACGUCAGAGCUACAUCCGAUCCGCCUUCGACAGCCUCAGCGGGAAUCCCGACCAGGACACGCCGCAAUCGGGCACGAAGUCUCUGUCGGCGCAGCACCUGUCGCGCGCGCCGGCGCCGCGGGACGCCGAGGCCGCGCGGCGCCGCGACGAGCUGCAGCGCCGCAUCCGCGAGACGCGCCGGCAGCUCGAGAGCGUGGCGUUCCGGUCGAAUUUAAAAUCGAGUCAGUCGACGACCGAUUUAUCUUACAUACCGGAGAAGGAUGGCUCCCGACGAAAUAGACCUGUGUCUAUGGCCGUGCCGAGCAAUUCUAGACCUUAUGCGCGUAACCAUCUGUCACCUUCCGAGCCCGAAGAGACGGGAAUGAGACGUGCGAUAUCGCUGUCGGACCUCGCAGCCAAACCCGUGCCAGCGCCUAGAACACCACAAGCCCCAUCGAAACCGACGCAGCAACCGAACGCGAACGCGAACACGAACAAGUCGCCGAGCGGUUUCGUCCGGCCGGCGCCGCGAUACGGCAGCAAGUCCAACAUGACGAGGAGCUCGAGUGUCGGCGUUUUGAACAAUCAGAGCGAUUCCGAAUCGGAUCCUCAGCCCCCCCGCCAGCAACCCACCCGUUCUCAAGGACUGAUGCGACCCACCAUAUCGUCAGCGAACAAGGCCGCCGCGAACACAGCGAGACGUCGAGGCCUGGCGAACAAUUACGGCGCAGAAGCUGUUUCAGCUCGCUCCGAGUCCAGCUCCGACGCCGACGACGCCCAGCGCCCGCGGGCCGCCUCCGUCGACCGCGCGCCGCGCCGCCUCGGUCGCAGCGGCAGCGAGCGCGAUAUCUCGGCGAAGGCGCGCGAGGUGACGGCGCGACUCUCCGCCAACACGAGGCCGCGGCCCAAGGACGCGCCGGGGGAUGCCAGCUCAGUAUCCUCGUCGCAGCUGUGCUCGGCGCUGACGGAACAGCUGACGAGGACGGCGAGCAAGGUGGUACAGUUGUACCGAUCGCUGCAGCGGGAGCCGGACUGCGCCGCUGAUAUAAGCGGUCUCGAAGCAGCGAUACUCGAGACACAAAAAGUCCUUCGAAGUGCCGUAACCGUGCAGAACGGUUCAGAAGGUGACUGCGCACUAGCCGUCGACUCUGCUCGGCAGAGACUCGACCAUCUCGUGGCCAAAGAAUCGACUGCAGCAGGUAACCCGGCUAUGUCUCUCAUCGAGCAGUAUUCGGAUAUUCUGCUAAACAUGAUGCAGAGCAAAAUGGUCAACCAGUUCUCGCAGAGCCCUCAGAGUCUACCCCCCACCCCCCGGGAUCAAGACAGCUAGUGCACGUGAUUAAUGUGACCCCUUGUGUUAGUUUUGUGAUAACCGUGCAUAUUCGAAUGUAAUAUGCUGAGCGGUUAAUACUAUUAUAUGUGUUUUGAAAUGAAACUGCAAUACAACAUGCUGAUUUUGUCGGUUAAUAAUGGAAGAUACGUGGUAUGAGUGUUUUUUUUUUAAAUAUUAAUGACAUUCCAUCUCGAGAACUUGAUGUUUUAAUUGAUGUUUAAGUGAUGAUGUGAUGUGUUGCCAGUUUCGAUGUCAACGUUCUUGUAUAAUUCGAAACUUUUUUAUUUUUAAAUUUUAAAUUGAGCAACAGUUUCGCAACUAAAGCGUAUUUGUUAUCUGUUAUGUGAUGUCGUAUUGGAAUUUAAAAAAUAAGUGGAAAAUUAUGGCUUUGAUUAAUAUUUCUUUUUUUAAAUAGCUUUGUUCUGAGAUCAAUUAUUUGUUUGUUUUUUUUUUUUAAUAUUUCGAAGAAUCAAAUUUAAAUAAGUAUCUAAGCUAUUUUAUCGCGAAAUAAUGCGAAUCUAACUCUAUACUUGCUAAUUAAAUUUGUAAUCAAUGAAUACAGUAUUACUUCAAAUAAUACAUAACGUUUUGUAUUUAUUAUCAAUAUAUAAAUAACUUGUGAUGAUAAUUUUCACAAUAAACUGACCUCUAAAUAUUAAAGAAGUCUAGAAGCAUUUCUUUUUCUUUUUUAAAAGUGCAUUCCAAUGAUUAAAUUUGUAAUGGGAUGUAACGAAAACGAUAAAUUUUGAUGUGAAAAGUAGUGAAAUUAAAUGAAAAGUAUGCAACCAUUUUGUUUUAAAAAACCGAUUUUAAGUUCGUGUCUAUGUUUAUACUUUUAUGUCUCGCUUAUUAUCUAUCUUUAAAUUAAAUAUCAAAAGAUUUUAAAAAUUGCUCCGCUAUUGUUAUUUAUCUGUGGAAAGAAACAAAUUAUAUUUUAUCCCUAUUAACAAGCAAAAUGGUCGCAUUUUAACAAUGUGCAAAAACACGACGAAGGAUUAAAUGUCUGUAGUCAAUUCGGCGUAUUUUAUGUUAUAUGGUUGUAUGAUAUUGGGACUUUAUAAUUUCAAAAUGAAGCCUUAUUUCUUAUAUCUCAAGGUUUAUUUGAUAAAUUCAAAUGUUAAAUAUAACUAUGAAAAUAAGAAAUAAAUUGCGCGAUUAGUUUUAUAGAAUUUGAAAGCUGAAAUUAAAAAUUAUACACAAAUAAAAUAGCUUAAAACCCGUGUAUAUGUUACCGCUGCGACGUAACUUAAGAAUCAAAAGCAAUAUUGUCAAGUUGUAAAUCUAUUGUCAUAUGUAUGUGAUUCAUUUACAUAAAAAUGUAAUUAUUUUUUUCAGCUAAUAAUUCUUGUUAAAUACAGCCUCAACAAUUUAGCACUUGAAAACCAAGUGCUGCUUUCCAUCUUUAUAAAAAUUGGGCUUUUCUGCUUAUUAAUGUAUAUUCUGUAUAAUUUCAGUUCAAAUUCUGAAUUUAAAUCCAGAACAUGAGAAUAACGUCCACAAGUCAACUGUAAUUUUAGUGUUAAGGUCCCGUUAUGUCACAAUAUUCAUUAUUAUAUUAUAACUGACACGUAAAAUAUCUCUCGGGUAAUGCCUCUCUUUUCGCAUUGUAAUUGUAUUGUCAAAUUUACAGAUGUCAAUUUGACACCUGUCAAAAUGAAUAUUUUUUUUUAAUUUGUUCUCUACUGGCAAAGUAUCGUGUGAUUGAUAAAUAGAACCGUGCUUCGCAGUCUCAUUUUUGGGUUGCACACGAUUAAGUAUAUAAUAAAAUACAUUUAUAAAUGUGUCGCCUCUGUAAUCUUUCUUUAAAAACUAUAUAUAUAAUAAAAUAAAACUGAAAUACUAAUAAUAAUAUUACUAACAUAGCAUAUGAAUUGACUAAAUAAAAAACAGUGGCUGCGAAAAGUAGCACAUUUGAAUAUUUGCUACUUCUUAAAAUUCCAGCCUAUGCCAUUUUAUGUAUAAAUAAUAUAGUCCAGUAUUUAAUUUUAAUUAUACGUAAAUUUUGAAAAUGCCUUCACCAUUCUUUUUUUUUAUUAUCUAAGAUUUACUUAUACUUCACUUCAUUGGCAAAAGAACUUUGCUAAAAUUAUAUAUUUUUUUUAUUUUGACAGUAAAUUAGACAGAUACAAGAAAGAGACAGCAUGAGAGAUUUUAUUACGGAGUUUUGGUAUAUCAUGAUUGUAUUUAAAAGAAAAUGACAUCAUCAAUUCAAUCGCAAGAGCUUAUUUUAAAUGAAUUGAAUUUUUGCUUGUCCGUCCGUCUGUAAAAUGAUGUGACGAGUCAAUUUGUAACGAGACGAUUCGGUUGAAUUAAUUUUGUAUUACACUCGGGAACCAAUUAUAAUUUUCAAAGAUUCUAUUUAGCUCAGUUACUUCAUUAUCAGUUAAUAUAGUGGCAACACUAAUUAUAUUAGCUUUUUAAUAUAGCAUUCAGCUUUCUUUUGAAGCCAUUUAUAUUACAUGAUAAAAAAGUCAUUAUUUUUAAAUAUUCAGUUUUGUUCUAAAAUAUGGAUUAAAAUAAACAUUAGCGGUUUUAGUUAUAAAUGUCGCUUAGCGGCAAUUUACUUACACACUGACUUCUCUCUUUCUAUCAUUAUUGAUUUGACAUUCGAAAGAGGAAGACAGCAUUGUUUACCCAAUCACUCGCUAAGCAGCAUUUAUAAGUAAGAUUGUAGAUUUUUUUCCUAUAUCGUAUCUCUGUUAACAUUUGUUAUUUAAUAACAUUGUAUUGUAUUCGUGCAUGUGUUAUGCAGAAUUAAUUUAACCUUUUUGGUUUCUGGACUUGAUUGUAGACAGUAAACUUUUGGGAACUGUCAAUUAUGAAAUAGUUGUAAGUUGUUGUCAACACAUGUCGGUGAUAAAACUGAAGAUUGUUACAACGUUCUGGUAAUUGCAAACGGUUGCAAAUACAGAAAGUGAUUGAUGAAACUAGAGUCGACACACGUCUUUAUAUUUAUAAGAAUAUUGUCUAUAGCCUAUUUCAACCACAGGAGUAAAGACAAACGACUUUGACAUUGACAGUGGUAUCUUGUAUAAUCUAUGGUAUUCUUUAUGGAUUCGUGAAAAUAUUGUACGAAUUAAAAGUGGAUAUAAGUAGAUAAAUAAUGACAUAGGAUAUAUUCAUGAAGAACAGUUCGCAGUGCAUAAUAUAGCAGAGCUAUUAGCAAACCGCAUGGAAUAUGAAAUAGAAGGUUUGUUUAUUUCUACUCCUGCGUUUGGAAUAGUCUAUAUAUAUAAAAAAAUAUCUUAGUUUGAAAAAUAUGUGAAUUGUAUUAAAUAGAUAGUUCUUAUUAAGCUUUUCUUCAAUCCUUAUUGAUGUUCUAAUUUAAACUAUCAUUAUAUAAAAUAGAUUGAGUUUUGUGUAUAUGUUAAUAUAAAUUAUUGACAGUUCUCAUUGGCAACUAUCUCGUAAUAGAUACGAGAAGUCUGUGGAUAUGAUAGCGUUGUAGAUAUAUUUUUUUUUAUUAUUAUUAUUUAAUGUUCAAAAUUGUAAUGCCAUUUACGAAAAAGACUAAUGUUAUAAAAUAUAAAUAAUAAAUAUGUACAUGAUAUUACACAAUAAUUAUUGAUGGA